AUGCGGAAGCCCUAGAAUGGAGCCCGAUAGAUUUUUUCGUUUUUUUUUGAUAAAUAAUAGAGUCUGAGAGUUAAUAGAGAAUAAACCAACCAAAAAAUUAAAAAUGAACAAACAAAAGAUAAAUAACCAAAAAAAAAAAGCGAAAAACGUCACUCCGCUCGACUCCACUAAAGGCUGGUUUUAGCAGAUCAGACUCCAAGCCUUCCCAUACCAAUUCCAUUUCGAUCUGACGGAAAAAGUUUGACGAAUCCGCUUCAUUUUUUCAGUUUCUUGAGUUCUCGAUUUGUACGUAGAGCUCCGCGAAGGGAUUGGUUCACCUUGUUGAAGGAAGCAUUAUAGGCUAUAUCCGUAAUCUGUUUACCAGUUGAAAAGGUAGUGAGCAAACAAUCAGUCAAACUCUUGUUAAUUGGGUUUAGAGAGACAAUGCAGAAUCAAGAAGGGCUCCAAGCAGAUGGGGAAGUCAAGUCCGCAACAUCUGUCCCUGCUACUGAAUUUGAUGAGUGGGCAAAUUUUGCUGAUAAUGAUAUCAUGCAGCAGCAUUCUGCAAUCCACGCUGAGGAAGCCGAGAAAAUUCCCUACGUAGCUGACAAGGAACCCCUCUCUUCAUUAGCGGCUGAAUAUCAAUCUGGCAGCACUAUCUUGUUGGAGAAAAUAAAGGUGCUCAAUGAACAAUAUGCUUCCAUCCGAAGAACUCGGGGAGAUGGGAACUGUUUCUUUCGGAGCUUUAUGUUUUCAUACCUUGAGCACAUUUUGGAAUCCCAAGACCAAGCAGAAGUUAAUCGUAUCAAAGCCAAUGUUGAGGAAUGUCGAAAAACACUUCAGGGCCUGGGUUAUACUGAUUUUACUUUUGAGGACUUCUUUACGUUAUUUAUCGAGCAACUGGACAGUGUUCUUCAAGGAAAUGAAGAUUCUAUAAGUCAUGAUGAGCUCGUAGUUAGGAGUCGAGACCAGUCAAUAUCUGACUAUGUUGUAAUGUUUUUCAGAUUUGUUACUGCUGGUGAAAUACAAAAACGCUCAGAGUUUUUUGAACCCUUCAUAAUGGGAUUAACAAAUGCAACAGUAGAGCAGUUCUGCAAGUCCUCAGUGGAACCUAUGGGUGAAGAAAGUGAUCAUGUGCACAUAACUGCCCUCUCAGAUGCAUUGGGUGUGCCAAUCCGUGUAGUGUACCUUGACCGCAGCUCAUGUGACAAUGGUGGUGUCAGUGUAAAUCAUCAUGAUUUCAUUCCUGCUGACAGUAAUCUCCCUAAUGCUAGUGGUGGCAAGACAUUCAGCCCCUUUAUUACCUUACUAUAUCGCCCAGGUCACUACGAUAUUCUCUACCAGAAGUGAUGGUCUCAGCUAUUCCUGCGAGUAGGUAUUCCCUGGUUAGAGAAUGAGGCUUCCAAGAAUGAAUUGACGGAGACGUUCAGUUGCUGACUGCUGUAAAUGCCAAAAGCUCUUUCUCUAGUUCAUGUUGUAACUUGUUCUAAUGUGUUCAAAUACUCCUGAGCUGUGUGAGUGGGGCCAUAAACUCGAGAGUUACCAGAAAACCUGGAACAAUCGUGUGUUUUCAAUUCAGGACUGAAUAAACUACACAUGAAGUAUCUUAACCUUCUUUUCUUGUCAUAAGAAAUCGCAUUCUUAACUUGUGGAUGAUUUACAUUGAAUGAAAUCUGCUUUGAUUGUUCGCUUGCUUUUUCAAAA